AUGAGGGGCCAAGGAUACGUUUCUGGUUUCACGCGUGUCCAGUUGGGUUUACACAGCCUGAAAUUGGUCAUCGAGGCCCUGACUUACGGCUACAUCAAGCCGUGGAUUCACAGAGACAAUAGCAGCUCUCUCUGCAAGCUCAUCCUGCAGCCUUACCACCAGAAGAUCGAGCACGUGUCGCUUACAGACCUCACACCUAUCCAAAUGUUGUUAGAAAUGGGCCUUGACAAGAUGAGGAAAGAUUACUUCAACUACCUCAUUGGAAGCAAAGUGGUGCUGGUGGGCUGCAAGUUGGACCUCAGGACGGACGUCAACAUCAUGAGGGAGCUUUCCAAACACAGACUCAUUCCCGUCACCCAUGAACAGGGUACUCAUCUGGCGAGACAGAUCGGCGCCGCGGCCUACGCCGAGUGCACCUCCAAGUAUUCGGAGAACAGCGUCCGCGACGUCUUCCACGUCACCACGCUGGCGUCCGUGACGCGCGGCCCCCGGCCGGCGCCGAAGCGCGCCGGCUCACGGCGGGGGCUCAGGCGGGUCUCGCAGCAACCGCCUCGGACUGACGUUCACGAGCGCCCGCCCGCCAUCAGGAAGGCGCGCGCCAAGAGCUGCGUGCUCAUGUGAGCCGGGAAGAAACUUAAUUUAUUUAGUCUUUGCGCCGCUUGGAGGGGGGAGGACAAUGCGAGGUCGAGCGUACAGUUUUGUUUUGGUGCGGCUCCCGAUCCGUAACCAAGCGUCGGACGUCGGUAGACAAACCAUCGACCUGCAUCACGGACGAGAAAGUCGACCGCCAAUUUCCUAAAACCCACAAGUGCUUUGAUGAGUAGCACCACGUAUUCAUGUCGCUAAAUGAAUAUUGUUUCACACGGGGAAGGUGACUUCCAAUGGAAGGGGAGAAAAAGUGGAUGUUAUCUAUGUGACAAUGAAAUUAAAACAAAAACAAAGAUCACCUUGAUUUUCCGCAUCGCUCAAACUUUUCAACUCUUCAGUUCAAUGAUAUCACACCGGCUAUUUUCUUCCCAAAACACCCGGCCGUUUCAUUCCAUUUUGGAUGACAACAGUUUACAGACUGACAUCCUCCUUCAACCUCCAAAUGGGCAGCUCAGCCAGGACACUUUGGAACAAGUCAUCAAAACUGUUUUCUUCCGAGUGGCUUUCAAAUGCAAUCAAUCCAGGAAGGGUUCAAACGCUCAAGGCAAAACUCCAGAAGAAAUAUUUGCGGAGGGGAAGUGAAAUGUGUCACGUUGCGGUCUUUUCUCGCCUCGGCCUUGAAAGGGAUUGGACGGAUUUAGUCAACGGUCACAACAUCACAAAAAAACGCCACGGUGAGGUCAUGUAAGCGCAGGAAACAAUGUCACAUGAAGACGGCUAAGUAUAUAGAACAAGCAAGGCCAUUAACAGCCCUGAAGAAAAGCCUCAGAAAGCGUUUCUAUUAUUGGGGGUGGGGGUGUUGUUUGAUGGCUCGAACGCUUUCUUCUUCAGGUUGCAGGCUGUUGAGUUAAAA